AGCGGGCACACCCGGACUUUGAGCCGCUUAUCGGGCCACGGCCGUGCCCGCAGGGAGCGGCAGCAGCACCCGGAGGUGUGUGGGCUACACCCAGCUGCUCCCCGCUGCGUCACCCCCUGGUGGGGACCCCGGGCCCCCUCCCUCCCCCCUUCAUGGGGACAUUUCCAAGGAGCCCCCAGGAUUUCAGGGUGCAGCACCCCAAAAUCCUCACCUGCAGCACCGGCAGGGCGCGGGGGCCCCCUGGGUGCUGCUGGGGUGCGGGAGAGGCCCCUUUGCACCUCCCGCCCCCAGGGCAGGGCCCGGGCUGGUUGCCAGCACCCGCCCCCCCCGAACCGUCACCAGCAGUGCCGGCCCCGCGUUAAUGAUCCACCCGCCGCACCGCCGCCAGCCCCGAGCAGCCGUGCGGGGCCGUGGUGGGGACGGGGACCGGGGUCUGUGGCGCGGGGACCCCCGGGGAUGUGUGGGGGCCGGCAGCCGGCGGCUCCCCACCGCGCGCCCCACCCCUCGGUCCCGGCACGCAGAUAAGAGCGGCAGGCGGCGGCGGCCACUUCCCGGCGCUCGGCGUGGGAGCUCGGCGGGGCCAUGGCGUUGGUGACGGUGAACCUGCGAGCCGUCACCUCCUGGGUGGGCAUCGCCCGGCUCUUCGCCAUCCUGCUGUCCUGCAUCUCCUUCAGCCUGGUGGCCUCCACCAGGAACUUCGGGCCCCCCUACGGGACGUGGUGCAUGUUCAGCUGGUGCUUCUGCUUCAUCGUGACACUGCUGAUCGUCCUGCUGGAGCUGCUGGAGCUCUACCCCAAGCUGCCCCUCUCCUGGGAUGACUUCACCUCAGCCUUCUCCAUGCUGGCGGCACUGAUGAUCUUCACCAGCUCGGUGGUGUUCCCCUCCGCCUUCAUCACCAGCCCUUGCAGCAGCAGCUCCUGCAUGCGCCAGGCGGCCGCCACGGCCAUGUCCUGCCUCUGCUUCCUCGCCUACGCCCUCGAGGUGGGGCUCACCCGCGCCAAGCCGGGGGACAUCAGCAGCUUCCUCUCCACCGUGCCCGGCCUCCUCAAGGUGUUUGAGGCCUAUGUGGCGUGUCUCAUCUUCUCCUUGCUGGAUUCCUACGGCUCCCAACCUGGCCUGCAGUGGUGCGUGGCCGUCUACUCCAUCUGCUUCAUCGUCACCCUCCUCAUCAUCAUCUUCACCAUCGGCCGCUGCCUCAGCUACAUGCCCUGCCCGCUGGAGAAGGUGCUGGUGGCCUACAACGCGCUGGCCAUGGUAAUGUACCUCACCGCCAUCGUCAUCUGGCCCUUCUACAGCUUCAAAAACACGAGCCGGCCCAACUCCUGCGACGCGAACUGCUCCUGGAACAAGCACCUGGGGGUCACCUUCCUCACCAUCUUCAACUUCCUCGCCUACCUUGUGGACCUGGUCUACUCCACCAAGAUGGUCUUCAUCAGGGCCCCUCCCUGAUGGCGGCGGGGCGGGCGCGGGGCCGGGCGCGGAGCUGAGGAAGAGGCCGGACGCCUCGGAGAGCUCCUUCCUCCCGGCCUCCCCCUGGGCCGGGGGGCAGCGGUGGUGCUGGGGGUGCCGGUGGGGG